CCGUCGAAAGGUUUGCAGAGCAGGCCGCAGGGACACCGGGCUCAGUGAGUGGACGAAAGCCCGGCCAACCUUUUGAAAUGAGCAAGUUCCGAGACGUGCCCUCGGCGCCUCCCAUCGAGGCCUUCACUCUGAAGAAAAUCUUUGAGGAUGACGACUUCCCUCAAAAAGUCAACACUGGCAUCGGAGUGUACAGGACGGCAGAAGCCAAGCCGUGGGUCCUACCCUGCGUCAAGCAAGUGGAACUGGCGAUGGCCCAGGACGACUACCUGAAUCACGAGUAUUUGCCGGUGCUAGGUAUGAACCAGUUCUGCAAAGUGGCGACCAACCUUCUUCUGGGUACGACAUCACCUGCCAUCCUGGAACAUCGUGCCAUCGGCGUCCAGUCCCUGAGCGGAACCGGAGCACUGCGGGUCGGAGCAGAGUUCCUAUGCAGGAUCUUGAAGUGCGAAACGUUCUACGUCUCGACGCCGACAUGGGAAAACCACAGGCUGUUGUUUUUCAACGCUGGCUUCAAGAAUUGCCGCGAAUACCGAUACUGGGACAAAAACACCCGUAAGAUCGACAUAGAAGGAUUGAUCGAGGAUCUGUCCAACGCCGAACCUGAGUCGGUGGUCGUUCUUCACGCCUGUGCUCACAACCCGACAGGCUGCGAUCCUUCGAAAGAAGAAUGGAAGAAGAUCGCCGACGUUAUUAGCGAAAAGAGUCUCAUCCCAUUUUUUGAUUCUGCUUAUCAAGGAUUUGCAUCGGGUGAUCCUGAGGAAGACGCUUGGGCAGUUCGGUAUUUUGUGAGCCGAGACAUGGAGUUGCUCUGCGCGCAGUCGUUUGCAAAAAAUUUUGGGCUUUAUAAUGAGAGAGUGGGCAACCUUACUUUCGUCUUUUCGUCGCCUGAAGUCAUUCCCCAGGUGAGGUCACAAGUGACGCUCAUAGUCAGGGGAAUGUACUCGAAUCCGCCGUAUCACGGGGCAAGAAUCGUCAGCACCAUUCUACUAGAUCCUGUACUACGAAACGACUGGAAAGAAUGUAUCAAGACGAUGUCAGGGAGAAUCAAGGACAUGAGAGCAUUAUUUAGGGAUAAACUGGAGAAAAACGGUGCUCCUGGAAACUGGGAACAUAUUACUUCGCAGAUUGGCAUGUUCUCCUACACAGGAUUGAAUCCGCACCAGUGUGAAUACCUUAUUUCCCAGUAUCACAUUUAUCUGCUCAAAAGCGGCCGAAUAAGCAUGUCAGGUCUCAACCCGAGCAAUAUUGACUAUGUGGUCAAUGCGAUUUGCGAGACACUUAAACUGGUCCCAUGACUAGGACAGGAUAAAGCGCACUUAUGAAAAAAUAGUCUUGUGGAUAGUUUUUAUUUAUUAUUUCAAUCUUUAUUAGAUUUAUGUGAAAUGUUAUGAAUGAUGUAUUUUUACUGUAUAUUAAAACUUGGUGAAACAAAA